UCUCCCCUCAUUUUCAUCUUCUAGUCUUCUCACAUGGAAAUCAAAGGAUUCUCCUUUGCAGACACUAAACAGAACAUCAUUUCUGGUGGACCCAUUCCGUCUUCUCACACUUACAGGCCCAGUUCUGCCAGCCCCAGCGGGAAGUCCUCUGGAUCGGCCGUCGGCAUGAGCUCUGUCCAAAGGCAUUACAUUCAACAGGCAAAACAGCGAGUGGAUGAGAACAAAGGCCUGGGAGCCGGGAAACUGCAGGAGGCUCCUUCCGCUGGUCCGAUGAAGGCAGUUCGCACAGGCGCCAUCAAGCCUCAAGCUGUCAAAGUGGAGGAGAGCAAGGCCUGAGGCUCUGGGGGGAGAAAAAACCCUGCCCCCCCCCCACACUCCAAGGUUGUCCUCCUGCUGGAGAGAAUGAGAGGCAGGCUUUGCAACCCACGCCCUUCCCCUAGACAGCCUCCCUUUGGGGGUGGGGGGAGAGCUGGAGGCUCCCAGAUGCUUUACGCUGAGAGGUUUUCUCCUGCUGCUGUGGGUUCUUUUUUUUUUUUUUUUCCCUUUCCUUUCCAUCCUUGGCCCUGCUUGUUUUUUUAAAAGAACACCGAUGACCAUCGAGGUUCAGCAGCAUCCAAAGUCUCCUUUUGAAUUCGUGGAUUCUGGCGUGGCUACAGUCAUUUUUUCUUCAUUCGUUUUCUCCACCUGAAAGUAGCAGAAAGCAUUAAGG